AUAUUCGAUUUAUUAUUCUUAUCCCGAGAAAAGAGUUUUGGUUUGGAUGUUAUUGUACGUGUUUUCAUUUUAAACCAGUAGAAUAAGGAUUUUUUGGUGUUCUUGUAAUUAAAAUUUGGAUGAAAAGCACAUGAUGGCGUUGGGUUUUGAAAAACAAAUAAUUGAAUGUAGUAAAUUAAAGAAAUGUGGAGAAAUAACUACAAUGCUGUCAGUGGGAAAGAAAGAAUUUUUCUUGAACUGCGAAUUUUGUGAUUAUUCCUUUUUGCAAUUGGAGAAUUUUAUGCAACACAUGUGCGAAGACCACUUAGUCGAAAUAAAUCAAGCGAAGGUAGAGGAAGUGGAAAAUGAAAUUGAUCAAUAUGAUGAAGAAAUAGAAGACUUGGAAGAAUGUCUAAAUUCGGUAAAAAAUUUAGAGGAGGAGGAUGAUGACGAUUAUAAUAUGAGAGACUUUGAAAGAGUCGAAAUUGAACUGGAUACAAGUGAAAUUAAGCCUUCUGUUGUUAUUAAAGAGGAAUUAACUCCAAAAGAUUUCGUUAACGAAGACAGUAUGGAAAAUGACAACUUUGAAAUUAAUGAGAACCAUGAAUUGGCAGAGCAUGAAUACAAAUCUAGCAGUGAUUUUGACUACGAAGAUUCUUAUAAUUUUGAAGAAAGCGAUACUAAGCCGCCUGAAAACAGUUCAAAAACUAAAUCUAGUAACUGUGACGCAAAACGAAGAUUUAUUAUAGAACUUAUAGAAGUAUAUCAUUCAUGCAGGGCACUGUGGGAUUCGAAGUGCGACUCUUAUACCGAUAGAUUGGUACGCAAUCAACAAUAUGAUAUCUUACUUGAAAAAUAUAAAGAAAAGUAUCCAAAUGCUACAAAAGAUGACGUCAGGCAAAAGAUUUUUAGAUUGCGUACAACUUUUCGACGAGAAUCCAAACGGAUAUCGGCCUUUGAGAAGUCAACUCUUUACUAUUUUGAUGCAAUGUCAUUUUUGUUGGACAACGAUAAGCGUGAUGAGUAUAUCGAAAGAAGAAAAUUGGAAAGAUCAGAGAUUGCUGCUCUAAUGACUAUGGAUUAUAAAAAGGAACAAAUAAAAUGUGGAGAAAUAUCUGCUUUAUUAUCUGCAGAAAAUCAAAAAUUUUUUCUGAAUUGUGUGUUUUGUGAAUAUACUUUCCUUCAGUUGGAAAAAUUUAUUCAUCAUAUGUGCGAAGACCAUUUUCCUCAAAAUCAAAAUGCCAAAGAUAUCGACCACCAAGCGUCAACAACCAUUAAGGAAAUCGAUGUGUCGGAUGAUAAAAUGGAACUGGAGGAUGAAGAUGAAAAUGAUUGCUAUUUAAAUGGCUUCGAAAGAGUUGAAAUAGAAUUAGAUUCUGAAGAUAUGAGCAAUGAAGUAGAUAAAGAUGCGGCUCUGCCAGAAGAAUAUGGGGACGGAUUCAGUGAUGAUAAUAAUUUUGAGGAAUCCGUAGAUACCGAUUAUUCUGAUGAUGCUCCUAAUGACUCAGUAAUUUAUAGAAAUGAGCAGGUGAAUGAUCUUAAAAAUUUGUUCCAAACUACCAAGAUGACAGAUAUAUUUUCUAGUUAUGCAAAAUACCCAGCAUUAUGGGAUAAAAGAAUUAGGCAACCAACAAAAAAAGAGAAAGAGAAUUUAUUAAAAGAUAUAGCCUCAAGUGUUGGUAUGCCAGAAGAAUGGAAAAAUAUUCAGAAGUUAGUUGCAAAAUUCCGAUUUAAACUUCAUACUGAGAUUAUUCGAAUGCAAAUUUAUGAAGCCAAAGGUCGGGAAUACACCCCCGCUUGGCUAACAGACCUCAAAUCCUUUAUAAAACAAAAACCGCGUUUGCAGAAACAAGCGAAAAAGGAACCUGUAGAAAUUAGAAAAACUAUUUCAAACCCGCCCCUAUUAACUGAUGAUCAGUAUAUCGCUUUAGCCAAACUUUAUAAAAAGUUUCCAUGUCUUUGGGAUGAAAAUGACAUUACAUAUAGGUUUAAUAAUCGACGCAGUGAUGCUUUGGAAUGUAUACAUAAUGAUUUCAAUUUGGAUACUGGAUUAAGUAUGACACAAAAGGAUAUAGAAAGUGAAAUUGCGAAACUGCGAAAAAUAUGUUCAGACGAAAAGAAACAAAAAUUACGUUGUAAACGAAACAAAAUUGCUUAUAAAUCACCAUACUCUUACUACGAUCACAUUGCUUUUAUUGAAGUAAAUGUGGCGCCCUAUGAAUGCUCAAUAUGUGGAGAAAUACUUUCCAGUUUAGGACAAUAUAAGAUACAUUUAUCAACCCACAAUGGGUCCUUACCAUACAAAUGUCACAUAUGUAGUCACGAAUUUAAGAUUGCCGCUAACUUAACUGUACACUUACGUAGGCACGUACAUGACUACACAUAUAAUUGUGAAAUAUGUAGCAAAUCUUGUGCGACAUCAACAGAUUUAAAAAUACAUAUGCGCUCGCACACAGGUGAGAAACCCUACUUUUGUGAUAUAUGCGGCAAGAGUCUACGAACAUCAUCUUUAUUUAGUACGCACAUGCGACGUCAUGAAAACCGACCUCGUUACAAUUGCGAGUAUUGCGACAAACCUUUCUACACAAAGGGUUUAUUAACAGAACACAUGAACGGACAUAUGAAAGUUAAAGACAAAAUUUGUAAUGUGUGCAAUAAAGGAUUUACAACUAGGAAACAAUUACGUCAGCACACAUAUAUUCAUGAUAAAGAAAAGAGAUUUGUUUGCAAGAUUUGUACGAAACGUUUUGCCCAACACGCAGGUCUUAGCGGACAUAUGAAAUCACAUGGAACAUCAUUAGCAAACUUAAACAAGUCGCUGAUUGACCAGUCCAUGAAUAGUUGAUAAUAGUUAAAUAAGAAUAACAAUGGAACUGCAUUAAUUAAUUUUUAAAUUUUCCCUUCAUUCGUUAAAACUUCCUGAAAGGAAUUACAUAUAAAUUUAUCAAAGAAAAAAGUUCUCACAAAUAAAAUUAAUAUUUUCUAAA